CCGGAGUACACCAGUCACUGAGAGUUACAGUCGGGCUCGGGCCAAGUGGGGUAGAGUGCGCGUAAGUUCCGUACGUGUGCUAGUGCUUAGGCACGACCGUUUUAUUUUACAUCUGUCGAACGAAUAUUUUAAAACGAAUCUCGUAGCAUAGCAAGCAUUUCGUGCAUAUUUUUCUAAAUAUGAUAAGCACUGACGGUUACAAUAACGUGGAUCAAGGUUUUGACGGCGGCUAUAUGGAACAAGAAGAGGAAUGGGAGCGAGAGGGCCUUCUCGAUCCGGCCUGGGAAAAACAACAAAAAAAGACAUUUACAGCAUGGUGCAACAGCCAUUUGAGGAAGGCCGGCACCGGUAUAGAAAACAUAGAAGAAGACUUCCGUAACGGUCUGAAACUCAUGUUGCUGUUAGAAGUAAUAUCAGGAGAGACACUGCCCAAGCCCGACCAUACUAGCAAGUCAAUUGAUACUAGACGUUACAGUACGUGUUCUUACAUUUUUGCAGAAAUCGUUGAUGGCAACCUAAAAAUGACCCUCGGUAUGAUAUGGACCAUCAUCCUUCGAUUCGCCAUUCAGGAUAUCUCCGUCGAGGAGAUGACAGCCAAAGAAGGUCUCCUGUUAUGGUGUCAACGCAAGACUGCCCCCUACAAAAAUGUCAACGUUCAAAACUUCCAUCUCUCCUUUAAAGACGGUCUGGCCUUUUGCGCUCUCAUCCAUCGUCACCGUCCAGAUCUCAUCGACUACAACAAAUUGUCUAAAGAUAAUCCUCUCGAAAACCUCAAUACCGCCUUUGAUGUUGCCGAGAAGUAUCUCGACAUUCCAAGGAUGUUGGAUCCUGAUGAUUUGAUCAACACUCCUAAACCUGAUGAGCGUGCUAUCAUGACCUACGUGUCAUGUUAUUACCACGCUUUCCAAGGGGCCCAACAGGCCGAAACUGCCGCAAACAGAAUCUGCAAAGUUCUCAAAGUCAACCAAGAAAAUGAACGUUUAAUGGAGGAAUAUGAACGUUUGGCUAGCGAUCUUUUGGAAUGGAUUCGCCGCACCAUGCCUUGGUUGAAUUCCCGUCAAACCGACAAUUCCUUAGCCGGCGUCCAGAAAAAAUUGGAAGAAUAUCGCACCUAUCGUCGCAAACACAAACCACCACGCGUCGAACAGAAAGCUAAAUUGGAGACCAACUUCAACACUCUUCAGACCAAGUUGAGACUGUCCAACAGACCCGCAUACAUGCCAACCGAAGGUAAAAUGGUUUCGGACAUCGCUAACGCUUGGAAAGGUCUGGAACACGCCGAAAAAUCUUUCGAAGAAUGGCUGCUGUCGGAGAUGAUGCGUCUCGAACGUUUGGAACAUUUGGCGCAGAAAUUCAAACACAAAGCCGAUGCGCACGAGGAAUGGACCCGCGGCAAAGAAGAAAUGUUGCAAAGCCAGGACUUUAGGCAGUGUCGUCUAAACGAAUUGAAGGCUUUGAAAAAGAAGCACGAGGCUUUCGAAUCUGAUUUAGCUGCUCAUCAAGAUCGCGUUGAACAAAUUGCAGCUAUCGCACAGGAACUAAAUACAUUAGAAUACCACGAUAGCGCUAGUGUAAACGCGAGAUGUCAACGCAUAUGCGAUCAGUGGGACAGAUUAGGAGCUCUAACUCAACGCAGACGUCAAGCUCUCGACGAGGCGGAAAGAAUCUUGGAGAAAAUCGACAUCCUCCAUUUGGAAUUCGCCAAACGCGCCGCACCUUUCAACAACUGGUUGGACGGCACAAGAGAAGACUUGGUAGACAUCUUUAUCGUUCACACCGUCGAAGAAAUACAAGGUCUGAUUGAUGCGCAUCAUCACUUCAAGGCAACAUUAGGAGAGGCUGACAAAGAAUACCAAAGCAUCGUAGGACUCGUAAGAGAAGUAGAAUCUAUUGUUAAGCAACAUCAAGUACCUGGGGGAUUAGAAAAUCCCUACACUACUCUUACAGCUCACGUAAGCAACGGUUUGAUUUUUAAACCAUCCACUAUCAUCAUACCAAAUCAUUUCAUCUCGCAGAUCAUCCUUCACAAGAUUUUUAACAUUUCUUUUUUUAUUAAUGAUAAAAUUUUAAUUUGUUUUGUGCUAAAUAAGGAAGGAUUUGGUUGUGACUUAGAGGAUUUGACCAGGAAAUGGGGAGAAGUUAGGCAAUUGGUACCCCAGAGAGACGCCACACUACAAGCGGAACUUAGAAAACAACAAAAUAACGAAAUGCUUAGACGUCAAUUCGCUGAGAAGGCAAACGCCGUCGGACCUUGGAUCGAACGUCAAUUGGACGCCGUCACCGCGAUCGGUAUGGGACUCCACGGAACGCUCGAAGAUCAAUUGCACAGACUUAAAGAAUACGAACAGGGCGUAUACGCCUACAAGCCGCACAUCGAAGAAUUGGAAAAGAUCCAUCAAGCUGUACAGGAGAGCAUGAUCUUCGAAAACAGAUAUACUCAAUACACCAUGGAAACUCUCCGCGUCGGUUGGGAACAACUCCUAACUUCAAUCAACCGUAAUAUCAACGAAGUCGAAAACCAGAUAUUGACCCGCGACUCCAAAGGCAUAACUCAAGAGCAGCUCAAUGAAUUCAGAUCGUCUUUCAACCACUUUGAUAAGAACCGAACGGGCAGAUUAACACCAGAAGAAUUUAAGUCGUGUCUCGUAUCUUUGGGAUACUCUAUUGGUAAAGACAGACAAGGCGAAAUAGAUUUCCAAAGGAUUUUGGCCGUUGUUGAUCCAAACAGCACUGGUUAUGUACACUUUGACGCUUUCUUAGAUUUCAUGACCAGGGAAAGCACAGACACCGACACUGCUGAACAAGUCAUUGAUAGUUUCCGUAUUCUAGCUGCAGAUAAGCCAUACAUUUUACCUGACGAAUUAAGAAGGGAACUUCCACCAGACCAAGCCGAAUACUGCAUUCAACGUAUGCCACCAUACAAGGGACCCGGCAGCGUCCCCGGAGCCCUGGAUUACAUGUCCUUCUCAACGGCUCUUUACGGAGAAUCAGAUCUUUAAACUCUUCAUUAAACGAAUAAAUAAUAACAACAAAAAAAAACACCUAUAUCGUACUCGAGGUGAUAUUAUCAAAAGCCAUAUUAGGGUUGUCGGAUAAAAAAAACUCCCUUUCUAUUUAAUUAAAAAAAAUGUUACAUAUAUUUAUUUUUCUUAAAAAAAAAGUUGGAAUAUCAAUUUGUAAUGCUAAGUCUACACAUAUCAAUCAGUUUUUUGGAUAUAACUUACUAAACGAGUUUGAUAUUGUCGAAAUAUUUAUGCAACAUACACCCAAAAUAUUGGUAACUUAUUAAUUUCAUUGAAAACUACUAAAGUUACGAGAUUUGGCAUUUAAAUUGGCUUUCAUCCGAUAAUUCCUUAUUGAAAAUUCAAUGAAUUUUAUUCGGAAAGUUUUGUUAUAUUGCGUACAUGUUGCAGCAAUUUUUACUCGUUUAGUGCCGAUGUCCAUUAGAAAACAGGCUUGCCAGCUAAACGACGCUUGAUCAAAUCAAGUCGAAAUUCGAAAUCGUCAUCGAAAAUACCUUUUCUCUUUUUUUUGGCUUCUUUUUAUCGUUUUUUCUAUCCAAUACAGCGGGUUCAAACGUGGUUCCGCUUCGUCUCAUCUCGUACCGCGACAGUUUUGACAUUACUCGACGCUGUUGCCGUGGUAACAACAACCAUAUUUGCUAUGGGAUCGUCUGCCGUUGCUACGGUAAUGAGUCGAAAUGAGGUCUGUACCGUUGCGGUUCGUUAAUCCCUUCGUUAGGUACUUUUUUUGCAAGUGCUCUCAGAUUAUCCAUAUAUUUAUUUAUUUACUUUGUAAGCUUGAAGUGUACAGAUAAUUUUAUUUUUAGUUAUAAAUGCUCUUUAUUACUUUUAGAUUUUUAAGCUCAACCUUAUCUAUUUUAGUUUAAAUGAAAAAGAAAAAAUAAUGCGGAAAAUGUAAUAAAGAGCUUUUAUUUGUUAUUAUAUUAUUAUUAUUUUUUUUUUUGGUUGGAGUUUAUUUAAUGUAAAAAUAAAGUAUUUGCCCAAAGUAUACUAACUUAUAUAUGAGUAUCAAAUAUUGAGAAAUAAACAUAUUUGAUUCGAAUAAUUUAUUUUUUCUAUUGGUUGCCAUAAAAAUUUGGAAAUAAAAAUCCGUAUUGGAAAGCAUAUCGUAUUUCAGGUAUAUCGAAUUUGACAAAUAUUGAAAUAAUUAAAUGUAUUUUGAUAUUAUUUCGCAUUCGAUACGAUAGCAAUUCGAUUUGUUUUUCAAUCAAAACGACAACUUUUCUUUCCUAAUUUUUGAUGCACCCGGUAUAUUAUCUUUGAUUGUGUAUUUUAGAAUUGAGCAGCUGAUGCUGUGAUGUGUAUGCAGUGCUAUAUAUAUAUACCUUAUAUUGAGAACUUUGUAAUUCUUAAUUUACGUCUAUAUUAAUAUAUGUAAUUUUAAAUUUUUCGUCAGUAUUUUUCUUGUAGAAGUUAGCCCAACAAAUCUACAGUUGAUUGAAUGUUAAAAUGACGUAAAAAUAUUGUCAUGUUGUAAAUGUGGCUGAAAAAGAUGGAGAUGUCAUACAGGUUUACGAUUGUAUUGAGUAAGUGGCACCACAAAGUGGAGCUUAUUUGAAGAUAGCAGUGGGGAUAGGAACGGUAAUGUAUUUCAAAAUUUUUAAGCCCUUUUAUCGAAUACUAGCUGACUCGACAGACGUUGUCCUGUCUUAACUAUGAAUAUUGAUUUCGAAUUGGUAUAAUUAACUGAAAAAAAUAUUUCAGAAACAAAGUGUUUAUUAUUGUAAUGCAAACACAACAAAAAAAGAAUUAGCGAAAUCGGUCCAGCCGUUUACGCGGGAUGCCCGUGACUAAGGGAAUUAGGGAUUCAUUUUUAUAUAUAUUCUUAAAUUUUCUAAUUUUCCGCGCAAUUUUCUUAAUUGUUUCUUUCAUAAGAACCUUCUUCUGACAAUAUCAAACACAUCAAAAAAAGAAUUAGCGAAAUCGGUCCAACCAUCCACGCGUGAUGGCGUGACCAAGGGAAAUAGGGAUUCAUUUUUAUAUAUAUAGAAAUUUUCUAAUUUUCCGCGCAAUUUUCCUAAUUUUUUCUUUCAUAAGAACCUUCUUCUGACAAUAACAAACACAACAAAAAAAGAAUUAGCGAAAUCGGUCCAGUCGUUCACGCGUGAUGGCGUGACCAAUGAAAAUAAGGGAUUCAUUUUUAUAUAUAGAUAUAUAUAGGAAAAAAAGAAGGGCUGUUUUUAGGGUUUUCCCGGAAAUUAUUCGAAUUUUUCUCGCUGUAAAAACCAUCCUUGGACUUCAAUGAACAUUUUAAAAAAAGAAUUGGUAAAAUUGGUCCAGGCGUUGUUGAGUUAUGCGCUUAUCAACACAUUUUGCGAUUCAUUUUUAUAUUAUAGAUUAUAACAUAAAGAGACGUCUCAUUUAACUUAAUUUUAGAUACACAAUUCCAGGCCCCGAUUUUUAUUUUUUUAAAUCUUCAUUACAAAAAAAUACAGUUAAAAUUUUGUUCUUUUACUCAAAUUUAUCAAUUACGGUUCAUUUUAGAGAAUGAUAUGGCAAAUCGCAAACGAAUUUUAAUUUAUUCCUUUGGCAGCAUUAAAUUAUUAAACUUAUCCUAAAAAUUCUAUAAUACAUAUUUAAAAUCACUCGUGAUUUAUGAGAAAAAACAAAUAUUUUUUAACACAAAACUAUUAAGAGCUCAAAGUAUCUCGAAAAAGUACACCAGUGUUAUUGAAAUAAAUAUACAUUCAAAUAGCACCAAUUUAAGCGUUAAAUUUUAAACUGUAACAACUUGUCAAUGAUCCCUUUUCCGAUAAUUAUUCCUUUAAUCUCAGAUCUAAAGCAAUAGUUUGCGAUUCAAUAGCGAUGACGUAAAAAAUGAGCCAAAAAAGUUGGUAAAAAUAGAUCAACGCUUAGUUUUUGAAUUAAAUGUCAGGUAAAUUCAAAUAAGUUUUAUUCGAGGUAAGUUCUACAGUGAAAAAGAUUUAUAAAUCAAAUAUUCAUUCGAUUGGCAGCACCUUCUUCAAUAUAAGCAUAUGGUGAUUCUUGUUCAUUAUUAUACAGGGUAACCAGUUUUUUAUUUUAAAACUUUAACGUUUGUAAUUAUUGUAAUCAACGAAUUAAUAUCAAAAUUAAAGAAAACAGUUCAAUAUGUUCAAAUUCGUAUCUGAUUUUGUAUGUGCAAAGAACCAUACUACGCACUGAUCUGAUCCAAAUAAAUUUAUGUUGAAUUAAAUAAAUUUUUAUUUUAUAUUUUAGGAGCAGUUUUUUAUUGUUAAGAAUGAGUUGUACCGACAUUAUAAUCAUUUACACAAAAUUCAUCGAAUUCUUUAAGAACCACUUAAGACGGUUUCAAAAACAACAGAAAUCGAAAUGAAAUUCUUACUAGAAGCAACUGAUGAAGGAUAUCUGCUUAGAUAAAGACCUACUUUAGGAUUUGAUAAUGGCCUUAUGUAUCAUCCAACUUGACCUAGAAUCUAGAAAAGUGAAAAAUUAAAUGAUUAAGAUGAUCUGUUAUGGGAACGACGUCACAAAAUUGCCCUAUGAUCCUUGCAAAAUAGCAGUACACAAAUCCAGGCUCAAGAUACAGUUCAAGAUACAUUUACAUGGAAAGAACUCAAUGAAGAUAGUUUUCGAAUCUUAAUCAUUUCAGAAAAGAAGUUGAAGCUCCAUCAACCAGCAGUAAAAUUCCUGGGCCAGUACCUAUGAGAGGAUGAUUUAUUCAGCUUUGAGAACACACAUCAGUUUACCCAGCUAUCUCUUCAUGUAAAUGACAUUGAAAAUCAAGCAUCAGGGUCAAAAAUGAAAUGUAGCAGCUUUUGUUUGUGAACUUGUUAAAGCCUUUAAAUAAAAUAAGUACCUUUAUAGAUAAUCUUGAAUAUUCAAAAGAACUAUAUAUGGUCAAUUUUGUUUCAUAUCGAGGGUCACAGUGCAGUACCUUGUUUAUUUUUUUUACAUGAUUAUAAGAAAAAUUAUAAAAACACCGUUUUUCAUCAAUUUUUCCAUUUUAUACUUGGGGAUUAUUACUUAGAGCCUAAAUAUCAAUAUAUUAUUGUCCAAAUUAAAUAGUUUAAAUUAUUUUGGGUAAAUAGCAAAUGUUGUUCUGUUCAUAUUGACUGUAAAUAACUAAAAUGCAAAAUAAAAACUUAACAAGGUCCCUGCACUGUGACCCUCGAUAUUGUUUUGUUGCCAGUAUUUAUUGAGUUUGUAUAUAAACAUUACAUUGAUUUUUAACGACAAUGCUAUUCUGUUAAAUAUAUCAUUUCUUUCUUAUUCUGUAAAUUAACAUAUUACAUUUGCUAGGAAAUAAUUAAUUUCAAUCUAUAGGCAAGUUUUUUUUUUUAAUCAUUUAAAAUUGUUUUGCUGUGACUCCUUUUAAUGAAAUAAUAUGAGUUUUUCUGCUUUAUUUAAAACUUUUGCAUUUAUGAAGUACUGAUAAGAUCAAACUUUCGACUCUAUUUUGUUUAUGUUGGCGUUUGCAUGUGCAGGAGAGGAAAGAAUGCCUGGUAUCGACGUUGCCAGUGACCGGAUUGUAGCUCACUACCGACUUUAAUUAUUCCUACGUCUUUACUGCAUCCUUUCUUUUUCUUGCAUGUCUGAAUGUCAUUAUUUACUAUUCACACAGAAAAAAAAACGUAAGGAGUUAUGUAUAAUUAUUAUUUAUGCUAUUAAAUUAUGUAUUUCUCAUAAAUAAACACAUCUUUAAUC